AUGGUGAUGAUGAUAUAUAUUUUUUUUUUUUCCGUCCUUGCAACCACCCCAAUCACCUCGCAGCUCAAAUUGCACGGUGUGGAUUUAAGACUGAAGCCACACAUACAUAGGAACGCCUCCAAGGGAAUUAAAAAUAAGUUGAUGAAUCUGUUAAGACACAAGGUGCAACUUCUUUCUCCACUCAAGGCGGGGCACGUGAACCUCGAAAAAACCCAAGGGGCAAACAAAACCCUCUGCUGCUGCUGCGAAAGCUACCAAGAUGUGCAAGACAGUCUCUGCUGCUACAACAACAUUAGCAAAAUUAAAACUUAUAUAUGUAAAGAUUGUUCUGUUUUGAAGGACCAUGAUAAUGAGGCACAUUUGGCAUUUAUUAAGAAGCAAGUGGCUUUGCAGAAAAAACACCGGCAUGCUUUCGGUGAAGCAAGCAGAAGUAUCGUCAUAACGUCCAAAUGCGUUCCCACUGCUGCUACUUCCCCUGUGGGGUCACAUUUAAAGACAAAAAGGUGUAGAACCCUUCACCUAAACAGUGCAGAACGGGUUAAGCACUACGAUGAUAUGGGACAAUCUCUAUACAGAAGUGUCAUGGGGAGAAACCACACCAGGGGUAGGAUGCAGGCAGAACAGGCGGACCAUGUGUUUGUUAAAGAACUCAUGGAGAAGCAGACGUACAGGGAUCGUUCCCCCAAUUGGGGACAUCCAAGUCAUAUCAAAAGAGCCAACGUACCAAACGACACAAGUGCAACAUACGCACUUAAGAGAGUGAACAACCCCUUUCAACAUUAUUCUGCUCAAAUGGGAACAAAUGAGCAGGUCCAUCUGAGUGCUUCAAAUGGGAUACAACAUAUUCACAAUGCUUGUAAGCGAAAUUUAAGGGGCAACCAUUCGGAUGAUAGGGAGCUGCGGCAGGGCGUGCAUGUGAAUAUAGCCAUGUAUGCUGCUGGAGAAAUGCUCAAUGGCGUGAAGAAUCACCAGGACAAGCAUCCUCCGUGUGGCAGGUUUGAUGACUUAUGUAACGCCCAUUCACAAUUAAAGGGAAAAGAAAAUGUGAGCAAAUUUCACAUAUAUGGCGACAACAUCAUGGGGGAUGGCAUUCACCAGGGAAGCAGCAAAUUUAACUGA